ACUACCCGCUUGGUUCUGACGCUACAGGCUCAAUAUGCCAGUGCUUGGGGAAAUGCAGAUACUCUCUACAUUUACACAUCUGAUAGUCUGGCUGAUAUCUCAGCCUCAGAAUCAUGUGUUAAUGCCAUGGUCAGCAAUGUUUCGUGCUAUGCAGGCUUGAGCCAGGCAGUCACCCAGACGACAUCAUGGUCAACCAGUGCACUUUCAGGAAUUUGCACCACUGAUUGCUCCUCCGCUUUGUCCAGCUAUGUCUCCUCUGUGAACGAAGCCUGCGGUACAAGUACUCAGUACAACAUUUCUGGCAUCUCGCAAACUGCCUCGGACAGAGGAAAAGAAAUGCAAUGGCGUUAUGAUGCAACCUGCUUGACUGAUUCGGCUUCGGGCGCCUAUUGCAACACCCUAUUCCAGAAUGCAAUUGCGAACGGCACAACGAACGUCAAAUGCAGCGCAUGCUAUUUGAACUACAUGUCAACUAUAGUGAACUCCAAAUGGGGUCAGGAUACUUUGCUCAGUCCUUCGGCCCUAAUGAGUCAAUUAUCUUCUUGCUCGACCGGCGGAUACUCUGUGACUUAUACACCGACCUCCACUGCCUCUUCAACGUGCGUGCAAGCAGUGGGUAACAUCAACACCUAUGCCAGCUACACAUCCAACACCACCAAAACUCGUGCAACACUCGCUAGCACCAUUAAUCCCAACGCGACCCGAACAGCCAACCAUAGCACCACAAACCUGUUCUGGUCAUUCCCUUCCGACCUGACCACCCACCUCAACCUGGACCCCGGAUUCCGCAUACCUCGCAUCUCUUGCGACCUACACGCUCUGUGA